GUAGAAUCCAUUUUUACUUUGUGGCUGUGGUAACUAGUGACGGAAGCCAGUGCCGUGACGUAUUCAACGUGCGACCGCUUGCAUGAAAUCGACACAAUCAGUCGUGAUGUAUUUCGUUACAGGCGUCUGGUCGACCAGGAAAAGAGAGUAUACACGAAAAUUAUGUGGUCCAGGUAUCGGCUCAUUUGGGUAAAUACAUGUUGCUACAUAUUUCCGAGUUAAUUUGAGUCAGGCAAGACCAUACCAAACAUGCUGACGUCUGAUAGUGUGUGCUAUAUUUUGUUAGAGAUUUUUUUUUGCUGCACGCUUUGGUCCCAAAUCCUAUCCGUGUGUUGUUGGAGGCUCUGACAUGACACACGAGGGCUAGCUUCAUACGUGGUUUAAAUUAGCUAGCUAGCAUACCGGUAGUUAGAAUUCACAGUAGCCAAUAAUCAACACAUUUGUAAUGCCGUGCCAGUAUGUACAUUGCCAGAGAGUAGGUAACGCUACUGUGAACUAGCUAGCAGAGUUAUAUAUUAGUUAAAUUAACCAUCUUAAGGGCAUGUUUCUCUCACGGUGUGGUGUCUAUAGUACGUCUAGCCGGUCGGCUGAGAAGGUAAACAAUGGCAAAAUAGAAGGCAAUGGUCAGGUGUCUUGUUUUCCUUCCUCGGACCCAACUGAAGGCACUCAAAUGGGGAGCCAUACCCUGGAGACCAUGACCUAUUCGAGUCAUUCACACAAAAGCAGGAAGCUCUCAGCCGUCCAAACAAACACAAGGCUAGACCUAUUAGUCCAUCACUCACUCAAGAGCAGGGAAAAGCACAAACUUCAAAUGGAGCCUUCCAUUGUCUCUGCUCCAUUCCUCCCUCGUGUAGCUAUUAGCAACCAUGGGCUUGAACCUGACUCGGAGUGCAUUGCUCCCACAGACAACACUCAAGCAAAUCUGAGAUCAGAUCUAAAGCAGAUCUCUGUGUCUCGUACCUGCUCUGACCUGCCCCUGAGUCAGUCCCCAUCCAUGCACUCCCCUUGCCCUCCCUCCACAGUGCACAUCAAUAGACAGCCCUUGCCAGUCACACACACCUCUUACCUCUGCUGCAGCCCUGUAGCACAGGUCCACGACCCAUCCCUAACCACAACCGCAGCCCCCAUUAGAUCCACAAACCAUAGACGACACCGGAAAAGAGGCAUAAAGAACGACAGAAAAGGAGUCUCUCCUCUCUCCAUGCGACUCAAGAGGCAGUCGCGGCGCUGGUGUAACAUCCAGUUCUGGUGGCAAGUGUGGAGGAAGUGGGGGCACAGAAAGUGGUGGAGAGCCAGGUGUUUCCUCUGGUUCUCCAUGAUCAGAGCUAAAAGACUGGCGGAAACCAGGAGGCGCCUGUCUAUUUUCAACACACAGAUGUCUUAUACAUACACUGGGGAAUUGGAGGAAAGUCAGAAAUGGCAGAAGGUACGCAAGGGAAAAGAAGUGGUCACUACGGCCAUUGCAUGUGAUGGUCAAGGCCUGGACAGUGCAGAGGACAGCCAGGAAAAGGGGAGUUUGGAACAGAAGGUGUGUCUGUCUGUGGGCACAUCAGUGCUGUGUAGCAACCCUAUCAAGGAGGAGGACCAGGGCACAGUCAGAGCUAGGGAUACGGCCACUGCCACUAAACAGGACACGUUGGUGACAAAGCGAGCAGUGCCGUAUCCACCUCAGAGCCAGCGGGCGUCCACGGACUUCAGCUGGGAAGCAACAACGAAGCUCAUCCAUGAGUUCCUUGACUGCUUCUAUGUGAAGUACGGAAGUUUCAUCCCAUUGAGCAAUAACGAUGUACUGAGUCACCUUAACAAGAAGCUGAACACUAACCUUACUAAGGGGAAGUAUUUCAUCUCUGUGGUAGUAAUGAAGUACCAGGCUGUCCUAGCGCAUAGAAUGAUGCCCGCUUUCCGAGUGGUCUACAACAAGCACACUCUGACACUGGAAGACUUGUCUACGCUGGACGAUCAGAACUGGCUCAAUGACCAGGUCAUGAAUAUGUAUGGAGAAUUAAUCAUGGAGUCUGCACAACACAAGGUCCAUUUCUUUAACAGCUUCUUCCACCGACAGCUCAUGACCAAAGGAUAUGAAGGGGUGAAGAGGUGGACCAGGAAGGUGGAUCUCUUCUCCAAGGCGCUGCUGCUGGUACCCAUCCACCUUGAGAUCCACUGGUGCCUGGUGACGGCCGACACCGCCAACAAGAGGAUCCACCUCUACGACUCCCAGGGCAUCGUGUUCAAGGAGGCUGCUGAGAAUGUUUUAAGGUACAUACAUACUGAAGCGAAGGAGAGGAAGCAAACUGCAUUUCAAAAUGGCUGGAAGAUGUAUAUCAACGAGAGAAUACCACAACAGACAAAUGAAAACGACUGUGGAGUUUUUGUGUUAGAGUACUGCAGGUGCCUUGCCUUGGGGAAACCGCUGCACUUCUCCCAAGGGGACAUGCCGACUGUGCGAAAGAGAAUCUACAGAGAGCUCUGUGAAUGCAAGCUCCAGGACUGACAAAAUGGACCUUUCACCUUUUCACCAUCCUCACUCACCUCACCUGGGUCAUACUAAUUAGGGCACACUAGAGAAAAAUGUUUUGCAAUGGUAAAAAAAAAAAAAAAGUAGAUAUUGCCAAGAAUCCUUGAACCAUAGAAAGGGGGGGAGGGGUUGUUUUGUCUGGACCCUGUGUCAUUGUGUUAGCUGAUAUAUUUAAUUAGUGGAGAAGCAUCUCCACCCCAUAUUCUGACGACCUGUUAUUUCAAGCCACAUGGUAUCAGACUGACUAGCUGGCAUUUAUUUUAACCAAUGGUGUAUCAGGGUGUAACAAAAUAUGUUGUGAUCAGUCUGUAAUGACAGCAGACUAGUUGGUCUCCUAGAUUUUUAUUUUAUAAAGACUUACCAAAGUCUGAGGCAACUCUAUAUACAUGUGUCCACUGUUUUUCAAUGGUUAUUGCAUUAUUCUACAUGAGCUUACGUUUAGACUAUUGUUGAAGGCGGCAGACCGAAUAGCAACUUGCCAUUGAAUGUAUUGAACAUACGGAAUAUAUUCUAUGUAGUUUUUGUUCACACUUUCGUUAUAGUUUUGUGUUUUAGACGUUUCUUUAUGGGUCAAAUUUCAGUUUUUUUGCAUUGGAUAAAUUGCAUUCAUUUAAAUGUAAACUGUUGUCCCUUAGAUUUGCAAUUUACUUUUUAGACUUAAGUUUUCCUAUUAUGUCAUGCCUCUAUCUCCCGGAGGCUCAGUUCUGUAACGGGUCAGCAGGAGGUUCAUUUGGAUCCGGGUUUGAGCCGUUAAAAGGUAAAUCAGGGCCCAUAUUCAUAAAGCGUGUUAAGGUAGGACUGCUUUGAGAAUACAGGCCCAGAAGGAUACGUCAUGUUUUUUUGUGUUUGUCUUUCAAAGUAAGGUGACAAUCUGGAAUUUGUAUUUAUUUUUAUUUAACCAGGCAAGUCCGUCAACAAAUUCUUAUUUAAAAUGACGGCCUACCGAG